AUGCAAAAAUCAAACAAUCAAGACUCCAAGCCCUCGCCCGAGACCACAACACUUGGCGACAGCAAUACCAUAACACACUGCAGCUUACGCAACACCGCCGUCACCACGUCUUGGGCGAAGCACUGCACCUUCGAAGACUGCAUGCUGGCACAAGUGCGCUCAGCACACAGAUCAACAGGACGGAAAUCACAUUUCCAUAAUGCGGACUCUCUCAGUCGCAGCGACUUUGUCGAUAGUGUUAUUCGCGACCGGAGCUCCGUGAGCCGAAGUGCACUUAAGGCUUCGACGGUGCGCGACGCGAGCGUGCUGGAGCGGAGCACGGUUUCUGGAUCGGUCUUAUCGCACGGUCAGGUAUGGAGAUCUGCGUUGAGUGACUGUGAUGUUGAGGAGUGUUCUAUCUCGCGCUCGGAGUUUAAGGGGAUGAUUCUCAAGUACGGUGUUUGGAAGAAGGGUCAGCUCGUGGGGAAGAUUGGGAAUAGAGAGCCCGUCAUGAUUAAGAAAGAUAGCCCGGAGGCAGCACAACUUGUGGAUCGGCGUGCUUCCUUCGUUCCCGCUGUUCCGGAGAUGGAUUCCAAGCCUCGAAUUCCCAUCGACCAGCAAACCCCUCGCCACAUUGACUCGGACUUCAGCCCAGAUAGCGAGGACUCGGAUCAUUCGGAAGAUUUGCCGCCACCAUACAAGGUCUGA